UUAAAGAUGGCGCCCUCUCACGCGCUGAGGUGCUGUCAGCGGGGCUUAUCGUGGGUGCCGGUUAUCUUCAUCAACCUGGUGGUGUGCUGGUCCUACUACGCCUACGUGGUGGAGCUCUGCAUCUACACAAUCCCUAACGCUGAGGAGCAAGUUAUUUAUCUGGUAGUGUUUCACAUCUGCUUCAUAAUGUUUAUAUGGUCAUACUGGAAAACUAUUGUUUCCAAACCCAGCAACCCUUCAAAAGAGUUCUGUUUGCCGAAAGCAGAGAAGGAGCAGUAUGAAAAGGAGGAGAGACCAGAGGCUCAGCAGGAGAUCCUCAAGAAAGUGGGCAGGAAUUUACCCAUAUACACCCGUACAGGCUCUGGAGCUAUCCGAUACUGUGAUCGCUGUCAGCUGAUCAAACCGGACAGAUGCCAUCACUGCUCCACAUGUGACCAGUGUGUCCUGAAAAUGGAUCAUCAUUGCCCCUGGGUCAAUAACUGCGUUGGCUUCUCAAACUACAAGUUCUUUGUGCUGUUCCUGGCCUACUCCAUGCUGUACUGUGUUUUUAUUGCAGCCACUGUCUUGCAGUAUUUCAUCAAAUUCUGGACACUUUGCCGAAGACGAUCUAUAGAGCAUUGUCCCGAGAAUCAGCUGCCGGACAAUCAUGCUAAGUUCCAUGUGCUGUUCCUUUUCUUCGUGGCGGCCAUGUUCUUCAUCAGCAUCAUGUCCCUGUUCAGCUACCACAUUUGGCUUGUUGCCAAGAACAGGACUACUAUAGAGGCGUUCAGAGCGCCGGUGUUCAGAAACGGCCCUGAUAAAAACGGCUUCACUCUGGGCUUCCGCAAGAAUCUCACCCAGGUUUUUGGAGACCAAAAGAAAUACUGGUUUCUGCCUAUUUAUUCCAGUUUGGGAGAUGGUUAUACAUUCCCUACUCGAUUAGUCAACACUGAUUCUGAACAGGGCAUUGUGGACCACCAGAGCAACUCCAAAUGUGCUGUCGAUGGCCAAACGAACAGCCGGCCACUGAGUGACUCACAGAAUCAUCUCCUAAGCAACGAUGUGCACUCAGACGAACAGAAGGACUGCAGUGUUGGAAAGACUGAUAACGGCCUGACGGUCAUAGUGACCGUGGAGAGCGAGUCCUAACCAGGGCCUCGGGGCUACAGAGUGAUUGUAUCAAGCCAGUCUGGUCGUUUGGGAGCUGUGCACUCAUCUUUUAACUUGAGAGACCAGGGAGCCAUCAGAGAUGCCUUAAACCUAGCAGCUCCCUCUCAUCUCCAUGGAAACUGGUAACCAAUGAACACACAUGCGUCCUCAUGCAGCAUCCAUGUCAGUAUGGACUUUCCUCAUCACUCAGCACCGUCUCUACUGUACUAACGGGACCUGCUUUC